GAAAUAUCAUAACAAUGACAGAUGAUAAUUCGGUUUAUAAGAAACUUGAACUUUUAAAAUCAUUCUCAGCUUGUGAUGUUGCCGAUGCUCUUCUCAGAUUAAAACAUCCUCUAGGAGGAUAUCUACCUGACAUUGUUAUGUUUUCACCUGAAUAUCAAUCAGGAGAUACUAAACUUGUUGGUCCUGUUUAUACUGUUAAACUUGUACCGAAAUCCGAUACAACUUCACCUAAAAUAGAUAAAUCUUAUGUUGAUACAGUUCCUUCCGGUAGUGUAGUGUUUCUAUCUACUCCGCAAAAUUCUGUAAAUGCCGUUUGGGGAGGAUUAAUGAACACAAGGGCUAAAAUACUUGGAGUAAGAGGUGUUGUGGUAGAUGGUAGAGUACGAGAUCUUGACGAACUUCGAUCUGAUGAAACUCCAGUUUUUGCUAGAGCGGUUUCAAUUUUAUCUUCAAGGGAAUUUACACGUCUAUCUGAACUUAAUAUUCCAGUAACUCUUAAUGGAAAUCAUGAUCCUCCGAUAAAAAUUAAUCCUGAUGAUAUUAUUCUUGCGGAUUUAAACGGUGUCGUAUGUAUCCCUAAAGACUUAUUGGAUCAAGUUCUAGAUUCAUGUGAGAAACAUACUGUGAUGGAUAAAAAUCUUAAAAAUGCUUUAUACGAAGGAAUGACUUUAACCGAAGCAAAAUCUAUACAUAGAAAAGGUUAAUUAUGUAUAUAUUUACUUUUUGAGUUUAUUGAUCUAUCUAUCGGCUUACAGCCGUGUUUAUGAGUCUAUCUUAUAUAAUUUCCUUUAUUAAAUUAAAAAAAAAAAGG